AUGUCUCACUGCAAGUUUGAACACCCACGCCACGGCCAUCUUGGCUUCCUGCCACGCAAGCGCAGCCGACAGAUUCGCGGCCGCGUUCGCUCCUUUCCUAAGGAUGACCCGUCACAAAAGCCGCACCUGACCAGCUUUAUGGUGUUUAAGGCGGGCAUGACGCACAUCGUUCGCGACGUUGAUCGCCCCGGUUCCAAGGUGAACAAGAAGGAGGUUGUGGAGCCGGUGACGAUCUUGGAGGCACCGCCCAUGGUUGUGGUGGGCAUCGUCGGCUACCGCCAGACGCCUGUGGGCCACAAGACGAUCGGCACCGUGUGGGCGCACCACACCAGCGUGGAAUUCCGCCGCCGCUUCUACAAGAACUGGAAGCAGUCUGCGCAGCUGGCCUUCACGAAGCGCAAGCAGUUUGCUCGCACGACUGAGGGUCGCCUUGCCGAAGCGCGCACGCUGAAGGCCUUUGCCAAGAAGGCUGACAUCAUCCGUGUUGUUGCCCAUACCCAACUGCGCAAGCUGCGUAACAACCGUGUUGGUGUGAAGAAGGCGCACGUGAGCGAGAUCCAGAUCAACGGCGGCACCAUUGCCGAGAAGAUUGAGCUUGCCAAGUCUCUCCUGGAGAAGGAGGUCCGCAUUGACUCCAUCUUUCAGCAGUCCGAGACGUGCGACC